CUCUUUUUUGAUAAUAAACAAAUGAGACGAAGGUUCAAGAUAAACAAACCGGAAUGAAGACUAGGCUAAUGAAGACAUCGAAAUUCAGCUGAAGAUGGAAGUCAUAGGUGUGUCCAAGAAAGUGUGUUUUAUCGAUUGGCCAGACAAUCUGUUGGAGCAUUUCUUGCGGUUGGCCGCAGAUACUCACCUCGAUCUCGAUUCCGAGCCCAUCAGUGGAACGUUACAGACGUCUUGCUUCUGUGGGAGCAAUACUUGGGUAUAAAUAAGACUUGCUGCAUUCGUUUCAAUAGUGUCAUUCUCAGACUAAACUCGGUUAGAAUAACACUUGCAGUUCCUCAGAUUAUCAGAAUGUCUAUCCGAUUAGCUAUUUUUGCUUCGCUGAUGGUGAUUGGAGUUUUCUCCGACCCGGAUCCCAACUAUAAACCACCUGCGUACGGUGCCCAGCCCAGAUACGAGUUUGUUGAAAUCCCACACUGCGCUAAAAACACAACCAAAUCUUGGUGCGCGGAAGACUCUGAAUAUCCCCAAAAUGAAGUUCAACAAGCCCUGGAUUACCACUACCAGGCCGUCGUGGCUUUCUACAAGGACAAACUGGCCAACACUGAGAACUCUGUCGACGGACUGGCCAAGUUGAACGACGAGGUUUACCUUUGCCCAAGUUCCACCGAUUACGUCCGUCCUUUCCGGGCCAUCAACGUCGACGGCAAGUGGCGGACCAUCGUCAACGGCGUCGAGUCUUACGGCAUCAAAUACACGCAAACUGCUCGAAUUGAAGAAUGCGACGUGGUCGUGGGAACCACCUGCCCCUUGGUUCCGUCCUGCUACGAGUCCAAAUGCGUCCAGAAAAAUAUUUUCCACCGCUUUUUGGUCUACAACCCACUUGACUACGCUUUCCCUUUCGCCAUUGAAAAAUUCAAGUUGCCUGGAUCGUGCGCUUGCAUAGUUGGAGCUUUCCGCCUUUAAAAACAAAUUUUCUUAUUAGUAGCGUAACGUCUUAUUGAUAAGCAAUGAUCACAUUAUUUUGAAAGAAAACGUUUAAAUUAUUGUGCGUGUCCUUUAAUUUAAAUAAAUAAAAUCCUAACGCAAAUAAAAACGUUUGAAGGA